AUGUACUGGCAAAGCGGACAGGAGCCACUUGAGUGGAAGCUGCAAGGACAUCAGAGGAACACCAAAGGAAAGAUGGAAGGACAGACUUUUAGGGCACAGGUUGGAAAGCAUCUCUCCAAGCCCCCCGAACCUUGUCUAGAGGAGAAAUGUUGCCCAGAUUACCCUCAGAGGCAGGGAGCACCAGAAGGCCAGUCCAUGCCUCGAGGCCCCAGCGCCCUGGCCUGGGACACCCUGGCCUGGGACACCCUGGCCUGGGACGCCCUGCUGGUUCACCCUGUCCUCUGCUGCCCUCCAUUCUACCCAAUGGCCAAGCUGGACUGGUUGGCACCAUCUCCAAUCCGAUGCCUUUCCAAGGAAAGGGGCCUGCCCUGCUGCCAACACGUGCAGCCGCACUCUGGACGCCAGGACCCAGAGUCCCUCUUGGCCGGGCCGGGUGCGUGGGCAGGUGCGGGCUCCCCUGCCCUUGCACCGACCCCAACGCCCGGGACAGCAAAGAGGCAGACGUCCCGUGCACAUGGGGGCCUCAGUUUCCUCAUCUGUAAAACACGAGGGUGGGAGUGGAGGCCCCAGGGCUCCGGCCUCUGUCCACCAGCGGUCAAAGGCCCCUGGCUCGCGGCUGCCGCCCUCCCGGCCCCGCCCAGUUCCCCCGUCCCGCAGCCCGUGAUACUCCGUCCCCUGCGGCUCCGCCCCGCACCGCAAGGUGGCGCCGCCGCUCGCCCUCGGCCGGCCCGAACCCUCCGGAGGCGCCCGGUCCCCGCCCUUCCCCUCCCCCUCGUGCCUUCCUCGGGAGGGGCGGGGCCAGGAGGCGGUCGGGGGCGGGGCCUGCGGGCGCGCAGGCGCAGAGGCUCGCGGCCGGAGGCACAGGCGGCGCGCGGGCGGGCGGGGCUCAGAGUGGGCUCGGAGCUGCGGUUGGCGGGAGUCCCGCGAGAGCCGGAGCCGGGAGCGGGGGGCGCGCGGGGCGGCGGCGGGAGCCGGGGCCGGGCGGGGACCAUGAUCCCCCCGGAGGAGGCGGCCGCGGCGGCGGCGGCCGGAGCGGCCGGGACCCCCCAGGAGCGGGCGCGGGGCCGGACGCGGGGCCUGCUGCGGGACAUCCGCACCCCGGUGCGCCGGGAGCCCUUCCAGGAGCGCUACGGCCUGAGCCCGGGCCGCGAGCUGGGCAGAGGCAAAUUCGCUGUGGUAAGAAAAUGUGUCAAGAAAGAUUCUGGAAAAGAAUUUGCAGCAAAAUUCAUGAGAAAAAGAAGAAAAGGCCAAGAGUGCCGGAUGGAGAUAAUUCAUGAGAUUGCAGUCCUUGAACUGACCCGGGACAACCAGCGGGUCAUCGACUUGCACGAAGUCUACGAAACCUCGUCAGAAAUGAUCUUAGUGCUGGAAUAUGCCGCUGGAGGUGAGAUUUUUGACCAGUGUGUAGCUGAGAGAGAAGAAGCCUUUAAAGAGAAGGAUGUCCAGAGACUCAUGAGGCAGAUUUUAGAAGGAGUCUCCUUUUUACACUCCCACAACGUGGUUCAUCUUGAUUUGAAGCCCCAGAAUAUCCUCCUGACAAGCGAAUGUCCAUUGGGUGAUAUCAAGAUCGUUGAUUUUGGCCUCUCAAGAAUGAUGGAGAGCAGUGAGGAGCUCAGAGAAAUUAUGGGAACACCGGAAUAUGUGGCCCCAGAAAUCCUCAGCUAUGAUCCCAUCAGCACAGCGACUGACAUGUGGAGCAUCGGGGUCUUGGCGUACGUCAUGCUUACGGGAAUAUCUCCCUUCCUAGGAGACGAUAAACAAGAAACAUUCUUGAAUAUCUCCCAGAUGAAUAUAAGUUACUCUGAGGAGGAGUUUGAUGCGGUGUCAGAGUCGGCUGUUGACUUCAUCAGAGCGCUUUUAGUUAAGAAGCCCGAGGAUCGGGCCACCGCUGAGGAAUGUCUGAGACAUCCCUGGUUAGCACAAGGCAGCAGCCCAGAGCCUCCCUUCCGGGUCAAGAGUUUGAUCGAAGAGCCCAGUGGCCCUCAAGAAGAGGAAGCUUCUGUGCCCGAACCUCCUGCUGAGGCAGAGAAGCCAGAAACAGAGGAGUUGAUUGUGGUGGCUUCCUAUACGCUAGGGCCAUGCCGCCAGUCUGAGAAAGAGAAGAGGGACCCCAAGGCUAUCUCCAAGCGGUUCAAAUUUGAGGAGCCCCCACUGCUUCAGGAAAUGCCCGGAGAGUUCAUUUACUGAGCAGGGUCUGAGGUUUAGGGCUUGGCCUUGCUGAAGCUCCUUUCAAGAACACCUGUGUUACUUACAGAACUGGGCCCAGCUUUCCAGUUUCCCUAGGAGGGGUCUCCUAGGCCCAGAGGGCAGUCAAGUGAAGAUUGGGGCGGCUGUGCCAAAUUAGGUUUUUACUGGGCUGGAAGUUGGAUCAAGCUUAGCAAGCAGAGGUGUCCACUAACUGAUUUUAUACGGAGGGGGCUGGUGUUUGCACUUUUGUUUUUAAUACACUUGGUCCUGCUCUCUUUCUUACAAAGACUCUUUAUAUGAACACAUUUGUUUUCUAGGGAAACGUCAAGUGCCAAUUAGCCUGAGAGAGAGAGAGAAUUUUGCCUUAGAUGUGUGCACGUGUGAGGCUUCUGCUGUAGGCUUGAGUGAGUCUAUUUCAGUUCAGACUUUUUUAGGAUCUUAAUUUCAAGGCACAAGAUCUUACAUUGGUCGUUUUUCUAAGAGUUAGGGCGGCAGCUAGUAUGGUUUAACAGCUUGGGGUUUUUGUUUGGGAAGCGUUCUCCUAGUUUGUUUUCCUACAGUUAGACUCUUUCCUGGGAUCCUCUUCAACAUGGAUCUUCAAGUAGAAACUCUGCUUAGAUUUUUUCCCCUCUACCGAAGCCAGGUUGAUUGGCUGUCAUCCCAUGAGGUGAAUCUGAUUUUGUGCACCUGGCCUAUCAUAGUGUUGCUCUCUUUGCUUCCCCUCCCCCCGGACAAACCAAACUGAAUCUUAUCCCUGAGGCUGCCAGUAGUGGCUUAGGAGAUGUCCCUUGGGACCAGGGUCAGGGUGAUCUGAUCAGUAUGGGGUGGUGGUCAGUGAGAAGACCCUGUUGUUUUCUGAGAAAGGGGAAGAAGGGAAGGUGUGGCUGCCCCAGGGCGCUCAGACCCUACCUUUCCGGGAGGAAGCUAGGACCAUCCCAGUGGUUCUGGAACCUUGAUUUGCUUUGCCCGAAGAGACUUUCCAACUCCACGGGCUGUUAUUGGAGAGGUGGCUCACUCUGAAAGGACUUUUUGUUUUUCAGAUGAUCCCAAUUACUUAAAUUGAUUAAAGUUGAAUGUACAUUUGUUAAAAUCUGAAGGUCAGUUCCUACGGUGCGUUAGAAAAGCUAAAGAAAAGAAGCCCCUUCCAGUAGAAUCCCCUCUUUUCAGCUGUUUGUUCUGGAGCCUCCAAAGCCUCUGUGUCCCAUGUCCUCUGGGAACCCUGAAAGUUGGAACCUCAGUAUUACGGAGUCUUCCCAGUGUUUUCUUUCCUGUUUAAUUUAUUUUUUAAAUCUGUUCAUUUGUCAGUUAGGCUUUUUAGAAUUUGUUUCCAGUGUAAUUUGACUGAAUUGGCCAGUGUAAACAGCUGGUUUGACUGAUUCUCUCGCUGUGUGGACUGAGUGAAUUGGUUGUCUUGGGUUCCAUUUACAUGUAGUUUCCUUGGUUGGAGCAAGUGACCAGAUAUUCCCCAGAAUAGAGAAGGUGGGGACUGGGACAUCCCAAGUAGGAGAGCCCCCGGGGGGAGGGCUAGGUGUUUGUUAGCAACAAGCUUCUUACCUUCAAAGGCACCAGGAGUCUGGGUCUUUAAAGUGUCACUGUUACAGACUCACUCUUUAAUAAUGCUUGUAUGCAAAUUGUGAAUUUCUUCGAUUUUUGAAGUGACUAGACCUCAGAGUUAUCAGAUACACAGCAGUGAAUCAGAUCUUCCCAUCCUAUUUGUCUUUCUGUUGUUAAAUAAACAUGGAAUUGCAGUUAGUGAA